AUGCAGUGUGGCUUUCAGAGCGCCGCGACCCUGCACUCCUCCAUUGCGUCAGCUUCCUGCCGGCUGAGCAAGAAUCGGGAGGGCAAGGUCGCGGUGAGGUGCAAGUUCUCGGAGCUUGCAGCUCUAUUGACAAACGUUUUGUUCAUCUCCUGCAUCCCUGCCCGCAGCACUACCGAUACAAACGGCCAAGCUCACCUCCAAAUGGAGGAGAGUGGGCCGAUGGAGCCCAACGAACCGAAGGCGAAGCCUAAGGCCAGAAAGGCAUCCAAAAAACGCAAAAGAUCGAAGAAAGGGAAAGAGGAGAAGGACUUUGGCUUGACCUCGGUCAUUGGGAAUGGCGAGCAGCCCGAUGAAUCUGAGGGAAGCGAGGAGAUCUUCUCCGAGACUGAGACCUCGCCAAGCCCUUUGCACAUGAGCCCAGGCACCAGGCCUUGGGAUCUCAAGGACUGUGAGCUUAUGCCAAGCCUCGAGAGCCCUGAGACGGAGCCCGACAUUGAGACUGAAGAGAUCGGAGCGGUGCUGCUGGAAACACAGAGCGGUGCUGGUGCAGGUGGAGCGCAGCCGAAGGAGAAGUAUCUCAACGGCUUGCGGACCUUGUUCAGAGAAGCGGAAGAGGGGGUCGUUCGGGACGAUGAAGACCACGGAGGUGAGACAGCUGCAGAGCUCUUUAUCAAAGGGGGCACCGAAAGGUUCAGGAGUUUGUCUAGCCGGGCUGAGACAGACGUGCGGAAGGCACUUUGCUGCAUGUUCUACUUAAAGGUAGAGCUCACCUUGAGGAGGGCGUCGGAGUUCUUGAUUUUCCUCUUGGCCGAAGCCCGCGUUCGCUUGGAGGAGGACCUAGAAGAGGGGGAACGUCUGGCUCGGAUGCAUGGUGAGGUACAGCAGACAGCCAUCGUCCUGGUUGAGAAACUCCGGGCAAACGACCAGGAGAUGCUUUGGAGCACACAAGCUGGUCUUGAGAUUCUGAUGCAAUUCCAACUUGGCGAUGCACGACUCUUCUUUGCCCGCCCUUCAUUGCAGCAGAUCAUGCUCGAUGUUUGGCAAGGUGUCCGCCCAGACUACUUUCAACGAAGCUGGUGCAAGCAGCUGCAGGUUUGGAUGCGGCUUCUCUUGUAUGGCUUCCCCAACUUAGUGAUGGUCUUUCUGUGGGCAGUGGCGCCUGGAGUGGAGGACCACAUUCGCGACACUGUGGCGUCCGAUGCUGAAAAAGCUCGACGCGAGGAAGAACAAAAGUGGCAUAACAUCCUGCAAAGUCUGAAAGAUAAGGACUGGCCUUAUAAGAUGGGAAAGAGAAAGAAGGUCUGUUGGGGUUCGGACGACUUUGAGGAUGCUUUGCGUGAGGAAUGCCGUGAACGAGUCUUCCUCAUCCAAUGUCGUGUACCACUCCUCAUUUCACGCUAUAGGAAAUGCUUGGCCAUUUUCUCUAACCUUGCAUUCGCUGCUUAUUUAAUUGGAGAAAAGCCAAGCGAGGCCAAUGUGCCGUUGGUGCUUAUCCUAAGCGCUGGUGCGUGGCUAGGUGAGGUGGCGCAGCUUUUGAGCUUUGCGAAUUCCAAAGCUGGAGCACAGAAUUCUUUUGCCUUUUGGUUUAUGGAUCGAGUGAACGUGAUGGAGUUGUUCGCCUUCACUUGCAUCGGAUGGAAUUGCGUACUGGUUUUGAUUCGGACUGAAUGGGUUGAGUUUGCUCAGCAGUUCAAAGCCUUAGGGGUCCUCUUUCUGGGCAUUUCCCAAUGCAUGGCCAUUUUGCGCAUGAGUUCCGUCUUUGGCCCCUUGGUGUCCAUGACGAUGAACAUGAUCGUAGACAUGAUCCAGUGGGUGACGCUGCUGGCCCCCAUCAUCGCAUGUCUCGUAGCCGCUUUGAUCACCCUCUUCAAGACCCGGGACAAGAGCUGCUUACCCUUCGAAUUUGACUACCUUGAAGGACUGGCCCAGUUCUUUAACGUCCCGAUCGGUGAGGAGAUGCCCUUGGCCUGUGUCCGGGGUGACCAGUCCCCGGCACAGGUCACUGGGCCAUUCAUCAUGAAUAUGGGCCUGUGGAUGAUCAUGAUCCUCAUGCUGAACAUGCUCAUCGCCAUGAUGGCGAAGACCUUUGAUCGCAUCUACGAAUCUGCCAUGGUGGACUUUCAGUACCACUUCAUCGGGAAUUUGCUGCAGAUGGUCGACGAGCCGGCCGUACCGCCGAUCCUGCGGACCUUGGGAGUGCCUUGGACGCUGUGCUCCACCUGCUGGCGGUGGAUCUCCCAAAGGGGUCGUGAACUUCCUCAGAGUGGCAGGAGAGAGGGGACCCAACAAGCUGUUCUGUUGCGCAACUCGAGCUUUCAUGCCAUGCACCAAGAACAGCAGCAAAGAGAUGCAGGUUUGAGAGAGGCAAUGCUCAGAGUGGAUGUGAAUGGCAAACCUACAGAUGAGGACCAGUGCAUCGGCCUUCUCUACGAGAGCGUGACAUCCUUCGUCUCAGAACACGCCUCGGACACACAGGUGCAAGAUGACCUCUGGCGGAAACAGAUAGCACGCAGACUUUUCCUAAUGGAUAUCAAGCUGGAGACAAAAGUAGACACUCUGACAAAGGAACUGAGCAAGACAAAGGUAGACACCAUGGAAAAGCUCGACAAAUUGACAGCGCAAAUGGACGCGUUGCUCAGAAGGGCGAGGCCAGCUCAGGCGAGGAGCUACUUGGAGUGGGACAUCCCUCAAGCCAGAUGA